AUGACGUCACUCAAGCACGGAGUCAACCUGAGCAGGCGCGCUUGCAGGCGUUUGCUGACUGUCCUGACCGCUGCUGCAGUCUUGGCGGUCACUUCUAGCAAUCCUAUUGAAAGUACGACGAAACAGACUCCGUCCAUAACAGUCGAUGGCAUCUCUACUUACCCGGGACUUGGGUUCGGUCCGAUGGGGCCUGUGGUGCCAUUGCCCGGGGACCCGCCCGGCACGCAGCUGCGGCAAAAACAAGAGACGACUACAGAGCUGCCAACCACAGCCAAACCGAAGAAGGAAAGAAGUAUUGUGAUAGCAGCGGUUGAAUUCCAUCGUGUUGAAACUCCAUUUCUAAUUGGGCUGUGGAUCUUCUUCGCUAGCAUUGCUAAGAUUGGAUUCCACAUGGCUCCUAAGUUAUCGAAGAUGUUUCCUGAAUCGUGCCUGCUGAUAUUUGUGGGAGUCCUGAUAGGCGCCUUAUUGCUAAGCACACACAGUGUUCACGUGCAGCCAUUGACGCCUGAUACCUUUUUCCUGUAUAUGCUGCCACCUAUUAUACUGGAUGCUGGCUACUUCAUGCCGAAUAGACUAUUCUUUGACCAUUUAGGAACGAUAUUACUGUUUGCUGUAGUUGGAACUGUCUUCAAUACACUAACUAUAGGUGCAUCUUUAUGGGCGUGCGGCCAAACUGGAAUCUUCGAAGAGAUUCACGUAGACGAAGUGCUGUAUAUCGUUGUGUUUGGUGAAUCUUUACUAAAUGAUGCUGUGACCGUGGUCUUGUAUCACAUGUUUGAGGCUUAUACAGAAAUGGGUCCAUCGCGGUUGAUGUACACUGAUUUCCUGGCGGGUUUUGCGUCGUUCCUGGUGGUGGCACUAGGUGGCACCUGCAUCGGGGUCGUGUGGGGCUUCGCCACCGGCCUAGUGACACGCUUUACGCAUGAAGUUAGGGUCAUCGAGCCCAUUUUCAUCUUCGUGAUGGCAUACCUUGCCUACCUGAAUGCGGAAAUGUUCCAUAUGAGUGGGAUUUUAGCUAUAACAUUUUGCGGUAUAACAAUGAAGAAUUAUGUGGAAGCGAAUAUAUCCCAUAAAUCUCACACGACUAUAAAGUACACAAUGAAAAUGCUUUCGUCAUCGUCCGAGACCAUCAUAUUUAUGUUCCUUGGCGUGGCUACGGUCAAUAACAACCACGACUGGAACACGUGGUUCGUUCUGUUGACCAUCGUAUUUUGCUCAGUAUUUCGUAUUAUAGGUGUCUAUAUAUUUAGUGCUGUAGCAAAUAAAUUUCGAUUACACAAAUUAAACACUGUUGAGAAAUUUGUUAUGUCUUACGGAGGCCUUCGAGGAGCAGUUGCAUUUGCAUUGGUGCUAUUGAUAGAUCCAGAAGUUGUACAACUGCAACCGAUGUUUGUGACAACAACCAUAGCUGUGAUAUACUUCACUGUGUUCAUACAAGGCAUCACCAUAAAGCCAUUGGUAAAGAUACUGAACGUAAAAACGGCAGAAAAGAGGAAACCGACAAUGAACGAAAGAAUACACGAACGAUUUAUGGACCAUUUGAUGGCGGGUAUUGAAGACAUUUUAGGAAAACAUGGAAACCAUCAUAUGAGGGAUAAAUUUAAGAGAUUUGAUAACCGAUUCAUCCGACCAUUCCUUUUGAGGAAUUAUCAGGGUGCGGAGCCUAAAAUUUUGGAAACCUACUCAAAGCUAGCAAUGAGAGAUGCGAUUGAAUAUAUGCAGAGAAAUGCUUCGACAAUCGGAAACAUAUCUGGUGCAGAGUCAAUGUCAGCUAUUUUCAAAAAUUAUACGAACGCUAAUUUCAAUGGAAGUCCCAGCUUCAGCCAAUUAGACUCGUCUACAUGGAAUAUAGAUAUGCAAGAAUUGGAAUACAAUCCGUCCAAGAAAGAUUUGACAGAUGCUAGGAUUCAUCAUUUACUUGCCGAGGAACUCUGCAAGCCUUACAGAAGGCAUCGUCGCUUGAGCUACAGCAGACAUGCAGUUAAUGAUCGUGAUCUCGGCACACAAGUAAAUUAUAAAACACACAUGAAUAUAAGAAGAUUGGUUGGUGAUAGAAAGCAUCAUCACAAACGCAGCAAACGAGGAAAACAGGAUGGCAAAAACCAUGUGACUUUCCCAGAAUUCCAGCAAAAUGGUUCAGCCAAACAGUUCACGCACGAUUACAUAGACGAAGUGCUACAGGAGGAUGAAGACCGGGAGCCACAUCGGGAAGAAACCGACGGCGGUAUUACUUUUACUGCCAAAUCCCCGCCUGGAUAUAAAGAAGUCAGCCCAACGUCCUCGCACAAAGAGAACAGUAGUUCGCUCCUAAAUCAGUUGGCUAACCUGCCCGGGUUCAAUCCAUUGAAAGCGAGGAUCGUAAAGCAAUACGCUAAAACGCCAGAAGAGAUACUGCCGACUGCCGUUGAAAAAUCAUUACCGUGGCGAAGGGACAGGUCCACGUACAACUUCGUACCAAACGAGGAUAUACUAGAAGAGGAUGAGAGAAGGAUGUCGGACGACAACGAUACUUAUAUGACAGUGGCGGAGCAGGCUCGUGUCGCCACACCAACGGCGACGGAGACCAUGUUGCCAUGGAAACGGGAGGAGACAGAAGGAUCAGGCGCUCUCAAGCAAUCAGAGUUCCCCUCCUGGGCAUCGAAUAAAGAAUACUUAGCGUAUAGUUCCCCAUCAGCUACUUUCUUAGGUGGUAUAGAGAAGCCAAAACAUCCAAAAUCUAUCAUAGGUCUAUUCCGAAGAGAGAGCUCAAGUUCUACACAGGGGGCGCCUGAGUUGCUGUCAGGGUCAGAGACUGAAGGGAAUAAGACGGAUGGCAGUAAAGGCGACUCUGUGAAGGGAGAAGUAACUUCCAGAACUGGACCGAAUUUGUUGUCGAAAAGAAGCACAAGCUUAGGCGGUCCUUCUGUUCUUCUAAUGGAGGAUGUGGCACACUCUGAUCCACUCGGCGCUUCGAGUAGACCAGCGAGCAUCAUGCAGGGACCGCAUAGGGGACAGUGUAGGAGAGGAUCUAUGCUGGAAUUGACUGGGUCGCUAUCACGGGAUGCGAUAACCGAGGAGAAAUGCAGCAAAUCACUGCCCGAGAGCGAGAGGAUGGGCGUCAGGAGGCUGACAUUGGGGCAGCAGAGUCUGCCACGGGAGCCAUUCAUCAGACAAAUGCCGAUGACACCCAAUCUGCUCACCAGCUCAUCGUCAGAUGAUUCAUCUGACGAAAAUACCUGAGUACCCCGCCGUGGUGACCACGAUAGGUUGCCACUGCUCAGAUAUAGGACAUUGAAGUGAGACCGCACAUAUUGUCUAAUUCGUGCUGUGAAUAUGUGGUCUAAAUAUAGUUUGAAUUGUUUUUAAAUGGUAGUUACGCAAA